AUGGAUUUGUUCAACGCGACACCCACGAUCAUUCGCGAGCUGGGCUUGACCCAUUCUAUAGCUGCGGCCCUCUACUUCAACGGCGAAGUGCUCGGCCUCUCGUGUUGCACCGUGGUGCCGUCCAGAUCCCCACCAGCUGGCGAUCAUGUCCCCGGCUCGCUGCGGCCGACUUCAACACAGAUGAUCACCAUCCAUCAAAUGGGGGUCGAUCGUUUUCCGUUUCCUCGGAUGCGCGACAACAUGAUUACCAUGAACGGAUUGUUCGACGACGACGAAUUUGCUCGCGACUUACUGACAACGCCGAGCUUUCAGAUCGAUGCGGGCGCCCCAUCAUGGGAGCCCCGUGCGUGGAAAGUAUCAAGACAAUUUGCAGACAAGUGGGGGUUCCUGUUCUGA